AUGUUUGCAGAACCCAAACUACGAGUCCUUGUCGUGGGGGCCUCUAUCGCGGGUCCCGCGGCAGCCUACUGGCUUGCCAAAGCAGGGGCCAAAGUCACAGUGAUUGAGCGCUUUCCCGAACUCCGAACCAACGGCCAGAACGUCGACAUCCGGACCGUCGGCGUGACCGUCAUGCGCAAGAUCCCGGGCAUGGAAGCCGCCGUGCGUGCCAAAGCUGUGCCCAUGACAGGCAUCAGCUUCGUCGACGCCCAUGACCGCCCCUUCGCAAACAUCCAAGCGACAGGCAACCCCGACCAACAGUCCCUCGUCUCGGAAUACGAAAUCCUUCGCGGCGAUCUCUCCCAGAUCCUCUUCGACCUGACGAAUCCCAACCCAAACAUAACCUAUAUCUUCGGCGAGCAAAUCGCCUCCCUCAGCACCCCCUCCAACCCCUCCGACCCCGUCACCGUAACUUUCGCCCACGGUCGGCUCCCCCCUCAGCCCUUCGAUCUGAUCGUCGCAGCCGACGGCGCCGCCUCCCGCACACGCGCCCUUGGCUUCAACUGCUCCGUCCACGAACACACCCACCCCAUCGACGCCUGGGCGGCCUACUUCACCAUCCCACACUCCCUCAUCCCCCCUUCUGCCCCGACCACCGGCCGCGUCUACAACCUCCCCGGCGGCCGUUUCAUCGGUAUCGCCCCCACGACACAACCGGGCACCACCCAAGUCACCCUCAUGCGCACCCACUUCCGCAACGCCAACAACAGCAACUCAACCACCAGCAUACACGCCUUCCGCACCGCCGCCCAAUCUACCAACCCCUCCCUCCUGCGCCAAUACAUCGCCGACACUUUCAAAUCCCCCACAGCCACCCCCACAACAUCCACCCCCCCCAACAUCCACCCCAACGUGGCACACCCCCACCAUCACCACCGCCCUGCUCGCCCUCCCCCCCCACCGCAUUCUAUGCCACCGAACUCGUCCAAUCUCGCGCUGGUGGGGGGGUACGUGCUUGCGGGGGAGAUUGGUGCCGCGCUGAGGGCUGUUACGGAGGGGGAUGGGAGUGGGGGUGUAUUGGAUUUGGAUUUGGACGGGGCGUUGCGGCGGUAUGAGGGGGUGAUGGGGCCGGUGGUGCGGGAGUUGCAGGGCGUGCCGGGAUAUGUGUUGGGUGUGUUCGCGCCGCAGACGAGGUGGGGGUUGUGGGUGCGGAAUGCGGUGUUGUGGUUUGUGUGCUGGUCGGGGUUGUUGGGAGUCGUGCAGAGGUGGUUGGCGAGGGCGUUUGGGGAGGGGAAAGAGGGGGCGUUGCCUGAGUAUGAGUGGCUUGCUUGA